AAGUAGAGCGACGGAAGAAGCGGAAGUGACGCAAGGCGUGCCGCGGCCCUGUUAGUUCACGUGGAGGUCCCGUAAAACAAGUUUGGAUGUAGAUCCGUACACAUAUGGAGUCAGCUUAUAAAAUGACUCUCCCAGGCUCAUUCUGAACACGAUGAAGCUUCGACGCAGUAUGUUAAUAAAGUAACAAUGGAGUAACAAGUCUUCCUAGCAGGAAUUAUACUUGUAUACUCGGUGCACGUUGCAGCUCCUCGAGCUAGCUAUCGUAGUUAGCUUGCCAGGCGCUAACAAAAAAUACGCGUUUGACACAUCGCUUUAAGAUCAAGCGUGAAUUGAUGUGGUUAUUGUGUGAAAAUGUGUACAAGAGUGUCAGCGGGGGAACUUUCUCGAGCAAAAGAGGACGACGAGCUGCAAGCACAGGACGCUGUUUUGAAGACACCUCCAGACUUCAUUGAAGAAUAUCUUCGUCCUGAGAGGCAGGUGCCAGAGCAUCCCCAUGUUCAAGAGGAAGAGGAGCCAGAGACACCCAACGUUAAAGAGGAAGACGGGCCUUGGACUAACCAAAUUAAAACAGAAGAGGAUUCAGGGCCCUCGCUCAUUGAAGAGGAAGAGCAGGAGGUUGAUAUCACCAACUUUCCAUUAACUGUCAUUGUCAAGCGUGAAGAUGAUGAAGGUGAUGGGGACUGCUGUGGAGGAUCACAAUCAGACAGCCUCUUAGCCCCACCAUUAGAUAGUGGUGACAUCACGUCACACUCUCCUCACACUGAUGAUGAUGAUGAUGACAAGAAACACUCUACAGGUGAUAUGACAUGUCGUACUGACAACAAGUGUUGUGAGUGUGGGAAAGCCUAUAUUUCAAAGUAUACUUUAAAAGUACACAUGAGACUACACAGUGGAGAGAAACAUUUUACCUGCUCGGUUUGUGCCAAAAGAUUCCAUAUGAAGACAGAUCUAAUGAGGCACAAGAGAACACACACUGGAGAGAAACCUUUUGUCUGCCUUGUUUGCCGUCAAAGAUUCUCUUUCAGCGUAAGUUUAAGAAGGCACGAAAGAAUACACACUGGGGAAAAACCUUUUUCUUGCCCCGUUUGUGGUAAAAGGUUCUCUGAAAAGGGACAUUUAAGAACACACACAAGAACGCACACUGGAGAGAAACCUUUUGCCUGCCCAGUGUGUGGUCAGAGAUUCUGUGUAAAAGCAAGUUUAAUUAACCAUACAAAAAUACACACCGGAGAGAAAUGUUUUGUCUGCUCAGUUUGUGGUGAACGAUUCUCUGUAAAGGAACAUUUAAUUCAACACACGGCAACGCACGUGGAAGAUAAACCUUUUGCCUGCUCAGUUUGUGGCCAGAGAUUUGCUCUGAAGGCAGAUUCCAUCAGGCACGCAAGAAUACACACCGGGGAGAAACAGUUUUCAUGCUCCGUUUGCGGUAAAAGAUUUGCUCAGAAGGGACAUUUAGGAAGACACGCCAGAGCACACACUGGUGAAAAGCCAUUCAGUUGCCAUGUGUGUGAUAAAAAAUUCUCUCGUAAAGAUAAUGUGAAGAAGCACAAGUGUGCCGGUGAGGCGAGCAGCAGUCAAUGAAGAUUUUGACUUGUGGGCUGGUGUCAUUGCCUUUGUGGUAAGCUUUAGAAAUGUACCACUGAGAGCUUUAGCCCCUGCUUAAUUGGCUCUCAUUUCAUUCACGCCAACAAAUUCACUGGUCUUUAUCCAUAAAACAUUUGUUGGCAAGAUCCCAACCUAUCAUUGUUCUCUUCUCACCAUGCUAUGCAUGUAAUAUAAUGUAUUGUAUAAAGUAUGUAACUACAA